CUCAUCCUCAUCUUCAUCUACCAUGGCACAACAACACAAGGCUACCGUAAAGAACGUUCUCUCCGGAGAUACCGUAAUCCUUCGAGGAAAGCCCAGAGCAAACGGACCUCCACCUGAACGUCUUUUGGCUCUUUCCAACGUUCAAGCACCUCGACUUGGUACAAAGGAUAGAGACGAUGAGCCGUUUGCUUUCCAGGCUCGUGAGUAUUUGCGUAAAUUGUUGGUUGGUAAAGAGGUCACCUUUGUACCCGAGUACAGUGUCACAACUACUACCCCUCCCAGAGAGUACGGCAAGAUUCUAUUGAGUACAGGAGAAGACGUUGCCAAGCUCGGUAUUCAGAAUGGCUGGCUUAAGGUUCGCGAGAGUAAGGCUCGUGCUGGUCAGUCCGAAGAAGACCAUGAAGAAGCUUUGGAUGCUUUGAGACAGCUAGAGGAAGAUGCUCAGGCAGAAAGAGUUGGAAUGUGGCAGGACAGAGAAAAGGGUAUUCGUAAGAUUUCUCACACCUUUGACCAAGAUUCUCGUGCAUUCUUGAACACUUAUAAGGGAAAGCCCCUUGAAGCUAUCAUUGAACAAAUCCGUGAUGCUUCUACUUACCGUAUUUUGUUGUUCUUGCCCGACAAUUCCCAGCAGAUAAUCACUCUCUUUUUGUCUGGUAUUAAGGCACCUUCUUGCAAGCGUGACAAUGUACCUGCUGGUGGUGAUCAAGGUGUUUCUGAACCCUUUGGAGAAGAGGCCAAGUAUUUUGUCGAGAGCCGCUUGUUGCAACGCGGAGUCAAGGUCAUUCUCGAAGGAGUAUCCCAAAGUGGCGGACAAAACUUUGUCGGUACUAUCAAGCAUCCCGCCGGAAACAUCUCCGAACUCUUGUUGGCUAAUGGUCUUGCAAAGUGUGUUGACUGGAGUAUUACCAUGGUCACUGAUGGACCAACUGCCUUGAGAAACGCUGAAAAAGUCGCCAAGGAAAAGAAAUUGCGUAUCUGGCGCGACUUUGUAGCCAAGGAAAAGACAAAUGAUUCCGAGUUUGAUGCCCAGGUAGUCAAGAUCGUUACUGGUGAUACUGUUAUUGUCAAGAACAAGGCUGGUGUUGAGCGAAAGGUUCAGCUGGCUAGUCUGAAACAGGCUCCUCGUGGUGCUGGAAGUACUAUUCCCGGUAGUGGUUCCAAGUCAAGAGAUAUCAAGGAAGUCGGUUACAACUUUGAGGCCAGAGAAUUUUUGAGAAAGAAGUUGAUUGGCAAGCAAGUUCAUGUGGUGAUUGACUAUCAUAAGCCAGCUCAGGAUGGAUUUGAGGCCAAGGACUGUGCCACAAUUACAUACGGCAACCAUAACAUCUCCGAGCAAUUGGUAGAAAGAGGUCUUGCAUCGGUUAUUCGUCAUCGUAAGGACGAUGAUAGCCGUUCGCAUUGUUAUGACCAGCUUUUACUAGCCGAAGAUAAAGCACAAGAAGGUCAAAAGGGUAUUUACAGUACCAAGGAACAGCCAAUUGUGCGCAUCGUUGAUGCCUCAGAGAAUGCUGCCAAGGCUCGUCAGUUUGUGACAUUUUUGAAGCGCAGUGGUCGUAUACAUGGUGUAGUCGACCAUGUUGCCAAUGGCUCACGUCUCUUCCUCUGGAUUCCCAAAGAAAACUGCCGUCUCACGUUUGCUCUUGCUGGUGUUCGUGCUCCACGUGUUGGUCGCACACCUAACGAGAAGUCUGAGCCAUUUGGCCCGGAAGCACUUGCCUAUGUAGCUGAACGUGCUCUCCAACGUGAUGUUGAGGUUGAGAUUGAAAACAUCGACAAGACUGGUGGAUUCAUCGGCAAUGUGUACAUCAAUGGUGACAACUUGGCCGUAUCCCUUCUUGAAGAGGGUUUGGCAUCAGUCCAUGAAUUCUCUGCAAACGAAUCUCGUUAUACCAACCAGUUCUUCAAUGCCGAGCGUAGCGCAAAAGCUGAUAAGAAGGGUAUGUGGAAGAACUACGAUCCUGAGGCAGAAGAAGAGCAGGAGACUUUGGAUGCCAAAUCCGAUGUAGUGCCCGAGCCUCGCCGCGAGUACAUUGAUAUCGUUAUUUCCGAGAUCAUUACUGGAUCCCAUUUUUACGUACAGCUUAUCAAUGCCGAGAUUCGACAGCUGGAGGAUCUUAUGACUGAACUGUCAAAAUACCAAAAUGGUCGUCCUAAUGAGACCAUUAGACCUCGAGUGGGUGAGAUUGUGAGCGCGAAAUUCACUGAAGAUGAUGGUUGGUACAGAGCCAAGGUUCGCAAAGUUUCUCCCGCAGGUGUCGAUGUACUUUACAUUGAUUACGGAAAUUCCGAGACCUUGGCCCAUUCUCGUAUUCGAUCGCUUCCUGAUCGAUUCAAGAGCUUGAAGGCACAGGCCCAGGAGGCAGUGCUUUCUUUUGUCAAGAGCCCUGAAAGAGAAGCUGACUAUGGCAUUGAAGCAUAUGAGAGAUUUAGAGAAUUGACAGGCAACAAGCAAUUGGUUGCAAAUGUCGAUGCUCGAGAAGCUGGUGUUCUGUGCCUCACCCUUUACGAUCCUUCUAACUCCCAAAGUGUUGAAGCCAGUCUGAACCUCGAGAUGGUUAGGGAUGGUCAGGCACUUGUGACUCCCAAUGUGCGCUAUGCCCGUGCUUACCAGCCAAUCAUCAAAUCACUCCAAGCAGCCUCAGAGGCGGCAAAGCGUGAGAGAAUUGGCAUGUUCGAGUAUGGAGACAUCACUUAUGAAGACUAAACGAAAGAAAGCAAAGAAAAGCAAAGCAAAGCAAAUAAUAGACAGACUCAUAUUUCACUUUUAUAUUUCUUUAUCCUUCAAGCCUCUUUACGCCUUCUAAACCUUAUACUCCACUCCAUGAUACCGCUUUCCUUCUACCAAAAAUCCACAGAUGCAUUUUCCCUUUCUUUUCUACUAUGAUAUUCCUUUCCGACUAUACAGCAAAAAACACAAAUAAAUAAUAACUUGUCUCUAGUAGAGAUAGAAAACAUGU